UAUGAUGAAUGUCUGAAGUCUUUCUUAGAAUGAACUUGAUUUUUGAGGACUGGAGGGAUGACAAAUGCUCAUUUAUGAUUUUGAGUAACAAUAAAAUAACAGAGUUGAAGAAUGGCUCCUUCUCUGGAUUACACCUUCUUGAAAGAUUGGAUCUUAAGAACAACCUUAUUAGUACUAUAGAUCCAGGAGCUUUUCUGGGGCUUUCAUCUCUGAAAAGACUAGACUUAACUAAUAACAGAAUAGGCUGCCUGAAUGCAGAUAUAUUUAGAGGACUUGUAAACCUUAUUAGAUUGAAUCUUUCUGGAAACCUGUUUUCUACAGUUACGCAGGGAACGUUUGAUCAUCUUGGUUCACUGAGGUCUCUAGAAUUUCAGACUGACUAUCUUCUUUGUGAUUGCAACAUACUGUGGAUGCAUCAGUGGUUAAAAGAAAGAAAUAUAACUGUACGCGAGACAAAAUGUGCCUAUCCCAAGUCACUUCAGUCACAGACGGUGACUGGUGUUAAGCAGGAGCUUCUGACCUGUGAACCACCGCUUGAAUUACCGUCUUUCUAUAUGACUCCAUCUCAUCGUCAGGUUGUCUUUGAAGGAGAUAGUCUACCCUUCCAGUGUAUGGCUUCGUAUAUUGAUCAAGACAUGAAAGUCCUGUGGUAUCAGGAUGGGAAGAUAGUGGAAACAGAUGAGUCCCAGGGGAUUUUCGUUGAAAAAAACAUGAUUCAUAACUGCUCACUGAUUGCAAGUGCACUGACAAUCUCAAACAUUCAGGCUGGCUCCACAGGAAACUGGGGUUGUCAUGUGCAAACCAGACGUGGGAAUAACACAAGGACAGUAGACAUUGUGGUCUUAGAAAGUUCUGCACAGUACUGCCCUCCAGAGAGGGUUGUGAACAAUAAAGGGGAUUUCAGGUGGCCUAGAACAUUGGCAGGCAUCACAGCAUACCUGCUGUGUACACGUUAUUCCGCUGGCAGUGGGAUAUAUCCUGGCAACUCACAAGAUGAGAGAAGAGCCUGGCGCAGAUGCGACAGGGGAGGGUACUGGGCAGAGGAGGACUACUCCAGGUGCCAGUAUGCAAAUGAUGUGACUCGAGUUCUUUAUAUGUUCAAUCAGAUGCCUCUCAACCUUACUAAUGCAGUGGCAACGGCAAGACAGCUCUUGGCUUACACUGUUGAAGCAGCAAAUUUUUCUGAUAAGAUGGAUGUUAUUUUUGUGGCUGAAAUGAUAGAGAAAUUUGGAAGAUUUGCUGAAAAAUAUAAAGAGCUUGGUGAUGUGAUGGUGGACAUAGCAAGUAACAUUAUGUUAGCUGACGAACGUGUUCUGUGGAUGGCACAAAGGGAAGCCAAAGCUUGUACCAGAAUUGUACAGUGUUUACAGAAAAUUGCUAUGUAUCGGCUUGCAAACGGAGCUCAAGUUUAUUCUACUUAUUCUCCAAAUAUUGCUCUUGAGGCCUAUGUAAUAAAGGCUGCUGGCUUCACUGGGAUGACGUGCACCGUAUUUCAGAAAGUGGCUACAUCAGACCGUACAGGACUCAGUGAUUAUGGGAGAAGAGAUCCCGAUGGAAAUCUAGAUAAACAAUUAAGCUUCAAGUGCAACGUUUCAAAUACACUGUCAAGUCUGGCGUUAAAGAACACAAUUGUAGAGGCUUCUAUCCAGUUGCCAGCUUCCCUUUUCACCCAAAAACAAAAAAGAGAAAUCAGACCAGCAGAUGAAUCUGUCUACAAGCUUCAGCUUAUUGCAUUUCGCAAUGGAAAGCUUUUUCCAGCAACAGGAAAUUCAACAAAUCUGGCUGAUGAUGGGAAACGUCGCACAGUUGUAACUCCAGUUAUUCUCACCAAGAUAGAUGGUUUAAACCUGGCCAGUCACCAUGUCCCUAUAAAUGUGACACUGCGGCGCAUUGCACAUGGAGCAGAUGCUGUUGCAGCUCAGUGGGACUUCGAUCUACUGAACGGACAAGGGGGAUGGAAAUCUGAUGGUUGUCACAUCCUUCUGUCUGACGAAAACAUUACUACCAUCCAGUGCUACUCCCUCAGCAACUAUGCCGUCUUAAUGGACUUGACAGAAGCUGAAUUAUAUACACAACCAGCUGAUCUUUUGCAUCCAGUAACUUAUGCCACUGCUGUGGUUUUGCUAAUGUGUCUGUUGAUGAUCAUGGUCAGUUACAUAUACCAUCACAGUGUGAUCAGGAUCAGUGUAAAAAGCUGGCAUAUGCUAGUUAACCUAAGCUUUCAUAUUUUCCUGACAUGUGUGAUGUUUAUUGGAGGCAUAACUCAGACCAGGAAUGCCAGCAUUUGCCAAGCAGUUGGGAUAAUUCUCCAUUAUUCCACUCUUGCAACAGUACUGUGGUUGGGAGUGACAUCUCGUAAUAUUUACAAGCAGGUAACCAAAAAGGCAAAAAGGUGUGAAGAUCCUGAUGAGCCACCUCCUCCACCCAGACCAAUGCUGAGGUUCUACCUUAUCGGUGGAGGGAUCCCUAUCAUAGUUUGUGGAAUAACAGCUGCAGCAAACAUCCGAAAUUAUGGCAGCAGACCUAAUGCUCCUUAUUGCUGGAUGACUUGGGAACCUAGCUUAGGAGCAUUUUAUGGACCAGCUAGCUUUAUAAUUUUCAUAAACUGUAUGUAUUUUCUCAGCAUAUUUAUACAACUAAAACGUCACCCUGAACGCAAAUAUGAACUUAAGGAACCCAUCGAGGAACAGCAGCGUCUGGCCACCAACGAACACGGGGAACUGGCUCAUCAGGAUUCGUUGUCAGUGUCACUGGUUUCCACAUCUGCUUUGGAGAAUGAGCACAGUUUUCAAGCACAGCUUCUGGGAGUCGGCCUUACUUUGGUUUUGUAUGUCACACUGUGGAUCUUUGGAGCUCUGUCCGUUUCCCUGUAUUAUCCCAUGGACCUGAUCUUCAGCUGUUUCUUUGGGGCAACAUGUUUAUGCCUCAGUGCCUUUCUUAUGGUACACCAUUGCAUUAACAGGGAAGAUGUCAGGCAUGCUUGGAUAACAACUUGCUGCCCGGGAAGGAGUACGUAUUCAGUGCAAGUAAAUGUGCAGCCCUCCAGUUCCAGCGGAACUAACGGAGAGGCCCCAAAAUGCACCAACAGUAGCGCAGAAUCCUCAUGCACAAAUAAAAGUGCCUCAAGCCUAAAAAACUCGUCUCAAGGUUGUAAACUAACUAACUUACAAGCUGCAGCAGCUCAGUGCCACCCUACUUCUCUGCCGUUGAACACAGGUCCUCAGCUUGAUAACAGUCUGACUGAACAUUCAGUAGAUAAUGAUAUCAAAAUGCACGUAGCUCCCUUAGAGGUACAAUUUCGGACAAACGGGCACCCGAGUCGGCAUCACAAGAACAGAAGCAAGGGACAUCGUGCCAGCAGGCUUGCAGUAUUGAGGGAAUAUGCAUAUGAUGUUCCCACAAGUGUGGAAGGAAGUGUGCAAAAUGGCUUACCCAAAACUCGACAAAGCAACAGUGAAGGGCACUCAAGGAGCCGAAGAGCCUAUUUGGCAUAUAGAGAACGCCAGUAUAACCAGUCCCAACAAGACAGCAGUGAUGCUUGCAGUACACUUCCAAAAAGUAGUAGGAAUACUGAAAAAACAAUAGCUACCAACAACAAAAAAGAUAUUCCAAGGAAACCAAUAGUGGCUGAACUGGAAAACCAACAAAAAUCUUAUGGCUUAAAUUUAGCCAUUCAGAAUGGACCACUUAAAAGCAGUGGACAGGAUGGACCCUUGCUCACUGCAGACAGUACUGGUAAUAUUAGAACUGGGUUAUGGAAACACGAAACUACUGUGUAGCAUUGUAAUUCAUUAUGGGACAAGUCCAUAUAAACUGUGAUUACACAUUCCUGAAAGCUAUUAACACUUUUAAGGACUGUUUACAAACUCUAGGUACUUUAUGCAGGGAGGGAACAAAGAUAAUCUGCUGAGCAAAAGAUUGUAUGUGUUAUUAUCCUUCCUGUUCCUACAGAGAUGAACUCUUGGUAUUUUGUGAAAUUUUUUUUGAAACAUCAGUCUUUAGAGAUGCAGAACACAACUUUGUACAUUUUUAUUUUUUACCUGUAACCCUGCAGAUAUGUCCACAACACAUUUCAAAUUUGUAUUUAAAUGUAUAAUAAAUAGUACUUUCCCAAGCAGCCAAAAGUUGGACUUAUUUUUUGGGGUUUUUUAAAAUAUUAUUGCACUGAAUGCCAUCUUGAUUUUACUAGUUCAGUAUCUGAAAAUUAGGAGCUUCAGUUACUAAAGAAAAUGCUUGGUGUCUCAAACAGACAAUACAAAUAGCUCAAUCACUUUCAUAAGGCCUAGAAUUUGGUUGAAAUGAAGAAGCUGUGUUUUAAAGGGAUUUUUUAGUAUACAGGCAACUUGUUUUCUCCAAAUCAUUGUCUUGUACUUGCUGCAUAAGUUAGUUAUAUUUUUAGAUAGUUGUGACUUACUUUAUUGCAAUUGUACAGAAUUUUCGCUUACUCAAUAAUGUUUUUGAAUAAUAAUCUGUUUUGCCCUCAUAA